GUCAAAUCAGAAUCUUCUACAUGGGCGGGAACAAUCUUAAUAUAAAUUUUCCUUGGCUUGCGGCGAACAAAAAAAUAAUGAAAGCUCUAAAGCGCGUACUACAGGUUGCGUGUGAAGUGAAGGCUAGCAGUCAGUCUACCCGGUGACCGGUGAAGAGACAACACGUGGUUCUCGCUCCUUGUUCGCUGUCAGUGUGUGUGUGGUUCUCAAGAGGACCGCCCGCAUGCACGCGGCACUAAUCGCACUUUUUCUGCAGCAGCCUGAGAUCUGGAUCACAGAAGCAAACUACGUUCCUACCACCAUCGACACAGAAGCUAUGCCUCGGUCAUUCCUCAUCAAGACGCUACGUGCAGUAGAGUCACCGCCUCCCGCGCCGCCUCCAAAUUACAGUCCUCCGCCUUCCCAGCCGCCUCCGUCACCACACAGUACUUCGGCGUCGCCACCGCGUUGUGGCGCCGACAAGCACAGCAGCGCCUUCUCUCUUGUAUCGCCCCGCGAAGCCAGGGUAAAGGAAGCCGCAGCGACAGUCAGAGGUGGAGGAGCGCUAUUAUGCGGGGGCCCACUGAGCCCACUAGUACCGGUGGCCUACCCCCCGUACCUGUGGCCUCCAUUACCGGGGCUCUUCCUGCCAUAUUCCCCGCUCAAUCUGCAUCGACCACUAGAAGCAGUGUCCCCAGAAAGUGCGGGUUCUGUGGACAGAGGGCACACCCCUGAAAAGGCUAAACUAGCUGAAGACGAUUUGCCUCUGAACCUCUGCACGAAGCCACGUCGGCCGCUGGGGAUAUGGUCGCCGGCCAGCCUGUGCGAGCAGGAGCUCAAAGAGGAAGACGACCAGUCGCAAAUGACACCCGGCAGUCGCGUGCACCAGCAGGGAGAGGGGCGCUGUAGCAGCAGCAGCUGGGACUCUGAUCCGCAUCCCGCCGUCAGGCCUCCAGCACAGACCACAACCACCUCCUCCGAGAGAACCUUCCAGUGUAAGCAAUGCGGGAAGUCGUUCAAGCGGUCCUCCACUCUGUCCACACACCUGCUGAUCCACUCGGACACGCGACCGUACCCCUGCCAGUUCUGCGGCAAGCGCUUCCACCAGAAGUCGGACAUGAAGAAGCACACAUAUAUCCACACCGGUGAGAAGCCCCACAAAUGUGUGGUAUGCGGUAAAGCAUUCAGCCAAUCAUCAAACCUCAUCACACACAUGAGGAAACAUACGGGCUACAAGCCGUUCUCUUGUGGUCUCUGUGAUAAGGCAUUCCAGCGCAAAGUAGAUCUACGGAGACACCGCGACACCCAGCAUCCUUCCGCGUCAUCGUCACAACAUUACACGCACCCGGUCAUCAGCAGCAGCUGAGUUCAGCGCUACUGCAGCCAUCGGCUGGCAUUCUCUCGCCUGAAUUUGGAUCCCGACUUAGAUAGAAAAAUAUCAAGUUACGACUUAUGGCCACUCUGAAAAGCACAGCAUUGGUUCAGAAUGAAAGUAUAUUCUGUUUUAACAUUGCCGGAAAUGGUAAGACUUCACAUAAGUUAAACUAGUAUUUAUAUAUUUUGCAUUUGAAUACGUUCUGACGGAGAACGAGGACAGAGAUGAGUAGUUCCUAAGUACAAAGUUUGAGAAAUUGGUAUUAUUCUGCUAUAAAUAUUGUUGUUAAUCGGAAUGUGUUUGACGAAAACGGCUAGAACUUUGAAGAAAUAGUUUCAGAAUUGAGCAGAUUAGGGUCUACGGGCUGGUUGCGGAUUUUGAACAGCCCACGAAAGAAUCACAUCUAAGGAACUGCAUCGGAAAACUCGUUACUUGCCUUAUAACUUUGGCGUAAUAACUUACUGCUAUGUUUCGGAUUUGUUUUAUGGUUCAUCGGAUGAGAAUAGAAACUAUUCACCGAUCCUAAACUACCUGGACGUGACUCCGUCCACCUGAUGCAUUUUCUCUAAUAAUGUUGAAAAUUUAGUGAACAUAAUUUCGACAUAUGCGCCCUACUUUUACAAAUUAACAUGCCUAAAGAAAAACAAUGAUUUCACACAUUUAAUUAGGGUCCCAAUUUAUUAAAGCAUAAAUAGGUAAACAUGAUCUGGAAAAAUGUCUCUUGACUUUUUACAUUUAAAACAUUUUACUGCAGAGAAAGAAUAAUACGCCUAUCAGUGUUAAAUUUUAUUCCAGAAAACAAUUGAACACAAUGUGUGCCUUCCAGCCAUUCGUCAUACAGGGACUAGACUGCCCUUUGUGAAAACAAAAGGGAUCCUACAAUUUGUAUGCAUUAAGCUGUCAGGAUCAUACACUUUCUGAGACAGGCUGGAACCAAAGAAAACUUGUGCUUGGUUGUAACAGAAGUGAAACACUUCUACUGACCAGUAACAAGUAUUUUUUAACUGUGAGAUUAUUUAAAGAAUAUAUCAGGUUAUCGAAAACAAAAGCUCUGUUUAACAGAAGACUUCCUUUUCGGCUUCCUUCUUUUCUGUAAGUCGUGGUAUAGAGAGACGUUGUUUACGAUAAAAUUUUAAUUUAUUCAAAUUCUUCUAAUAAUAAUAUUUUAUAUAACUUUCGUCCAUAAUUUUAAAAUAUACACACAUAUCUUACAAAAGAUGUGAAAUGUAAGCAUCUAUAUUGAGUCAAUAAUAAUAUUAUGCGCCUUAUCAAAGUUUUGAAGGUAAAUGUUUGUUAAACAAUAAUUCGACGUUUAAUAAACAUCAAGCUCAUUCACAUACUGCUUAAUCACCAACAUAUCUAGCCUCUGAAAUAUUUUACUGGUUGAUAAACUUUCACUCGAAAUGUCAUCUGGACUGUGGGUUCGGUUCCACUGUAGUUUUGACAAACCUACUCACCUUCUUCGAGAACUCCUGAACGUACAACAGGAAGCAUAUGGUAUCACCAACAAAGAAUAGGCUGUCUUACAAGUGUUCCUUAUUCACGUCAACAACAGUGCAGUGACUUUUCUUAAAUAUAACUUCACGACGUCUUCAAAAAGGACAGGUCAACAGUAUGAUACUAUGGACAGUGUAAAUUAAAGAUUAAUUCACUGUGGCAGAAGUAGAGAGAGAAUUGACCGAUAAGUUUCCGUCCAAUAUAGCUGUACAAAGGAAUAUCGCUUCGGUUGUCCAAAAUAAACGUCCAUUUUCACACUUCUGAUUCGCGUCCGAGCCAUCUGUAGUGUUCGACAAUUUCGUAUGCUCAAAGUGAUUUUAGAUAAUAACGUUUACAUAUCCGUGGACGUGUCUUCUGUGUGGCUUCAUUGACCAUUCAGUGCUUUUAACAAAUCGUCGAGCACAAUAUAUCUACACACGGCCCGCUCUGAUCGCCGCCAUGUGCCCUACAGAUUAAUGCAGACCGGUAUGAUAGCGUUUGUAAACUGUUGCUGAGUUUUAUAUAGUAUGAACAACGAAAUCCUUAUAUCGCACUCCGUUUCAUGCAGCAGAACACUGGGCGUAAAUUAAUUCUAAGACAUUCUAAAAUAUUAAUUAAACAUAUUUUCAUCAUGUACAAGUACUAUUUUUCACGGUCUAGCGAAUAACAAUUUAUAUGUCUGUCAUUGUCCGUCAUAGGAUAUAACUAACUAACUACACGGCUUAGGGUACUCGAAGGUUCAUCACCGAAUUAACCAAAUCCCUCCACUGGUCCCUGUCCUGGGCCAGCUUAAACCCGCUGUUGCGUAACAAUAACCUCGGAUAUAAUUGGUUCAAGAAUGAUCCAAGACGCAACAAUAAAAUAACCUCGGACAGUAGGGCAAAAAUGAUACGUGUUGUGGUUUGAAGAACACGUUUGGAAUAUCUGUGUGCUGGGAAGACUACACUUUCUGAAUGAAAUUCUUCACGUUUCUGUUUACGCUUAGGCCUAUUAGCUUCUUGCUUGUUAACUCAAUAAGAGUCGGUAACGGUAUCGACGGGGCCUUAAUAGUAUAAAUCGCUUUGUCCGGACAGACGUCUUUGUUUCACAUUUGUCUAAAGUAGCCGGAAAAGAAAACCAAAAACUAGUCCGUCCAAACAUAGUCUAUGUGACUUAAGUGUAUCUGAGUGGCAUGCAAAAUGUAAAUAUAUAUAUGCGAAAUACACGCGUACUAGAUGGAUAAACAAUUAAAAUUAAAUAGUAAAUAUUUCAAUAUUUCAUUUAAAUAUAAUAAAGUGGUUCGGGGUGAACAGUAAGUUAUUAAGUAAAUCGAUUAACGUAGUUAUUAUGUUCAUAUUACCGUACUCAUUUAGAAACGACACAUAACCUCAUAGCUCUUUUGAAAAAAUCCACUUACAAACCCUGGUUAUGUUAGGCCUAUAUUCCAAACAAAUUUCUCUACUGUUCGUCAAACGUGACUUCAUGAUUCAGCCCAGAGUUUAAUUCUUAAAGGACAAUUCAUAUCUGUUGUAGACAAUGGGCAUAUUCGUUAAGUGUUCGCCACAUACAGAACUGGAUUGUAAACAAGAAACUUGAAAACUGAUAAUACGCCGAAGCAGACUGACCAACUGAAAAACUCCAAAUUCAUAAUUAAGUAACUAAUUGCUAUUGCUGCAUAUGUAGUCUAGUGUUAAGGCAGAAAUUACUGUUAUACAGGGCCCACCAUUUCAUUCCAAGAAAUAAAAUCACAUUUUUUCUUCAUUUCAACAAACAUACAUUAUCUUAUGAAAUGACUUGAAAUUUAUUGUUUUGUAUUCUUUCACUUCAACUUUACGUCUUGAAACAUAACGAUUCCUGCAAGUUCAAUUACUUUUACGAUCAAAUUUUUACAUCUGAAAGUAGUCAACUGAGUUUAUUUUUUAACUUAUUUGACAAAAUUAAACAUAUACGAAUUCGUAACGAUCAGAAGUAGUAGGCAAAAAUUAUUUCGGUUUUAUAAAGACAUAAAAAGUAGAAUAACAAUACCAAGAACUGUCCAAUAUAAAUUUAACGACAUUUCGUAAAUUACUUUCUCAACAGAGAACGGAAUUUAAUAUAGGGUACAAAUGAUACUUUAAAUUUGAAUACAAAUACUUUCAUUUACAUCAAUAGGUCCAUGCACUAAGCAUUCAAUAGGCCUACAUUUAGACAUGUUCCAUUAAUAAGGAAGCACGGAUAAAAUGAACAGGCCUACAAGCAAAGAGACGGAAAGGCUAAUCGCUAUAAUAUGAACUGCAAUGUGAUAUCACAUAAACGACUUACGAUGUUACUACUGAAGUUAAAAAUGUGCCGUAUUUACUCUGUCCGUUUAUAUUUUCUAAAUCCGUGAAGAAAACCUCCUAGCUCAAGGCUGGGAAAUAUCCGUAUUAAAAUUAGAAGAAACGUAAACCUAUUUUCGUGUGAACCUGUCAAGGUUUACUCGUGGCCCUACGUCGCUUUUCAUUUCAGUCACAGGAUGAAUUUCACUGCUGUUCUUUUUAAUUUUCGUAGAAUACCCUCGCUAACUGGUUUCUUGUGAAUACUUAAAUACAUCGCGACUCAUAACUAUGCAAGCACACAGAUUAGUUUCCGCGAAAUUUAUCACUCUGUUUGUUAUCCACUUUAAUAAGCUGUUUCGAACACUUUAUGGCGUACGGAAGUCACUACUGACAUGACUUUGGAAUGGCAGGUCUAUCUAUGGUCUGAUAAGAAAAUUCUUACCUUGACUGCCCCUGAAAUUUUGCCAUACGUGGCAGUGACAUUAUGCAACAGUCUGUUCUGUUUCGACCGUAUAACAAAAAAAGGCAGUUUUGAUAACUAUAUCUUUUAGAAACAGUAUUUUAUAGAAAGCAAAUUUUAUAAACUUAAAUAUCAUAUUUUAAAGUCUCUUAUUAUAACUUACACUUGGCCUAGUAUAAAUAUAUUUUAACGUGAAUUAUUAUGACUCAUUUCUCAAGGAAUCAUCCUGUAACUGCUUACAAAAUACGUUUAUAACUUUCGCGGGUUUUGCAGUGUUUUUCCUAUAGUCUAACUAUAAAUUAUAAUGCAUGGAAUGUUUCGGAUGGACGAAUUUAUCGCUUGAGAUAUGAGAAGCCUAACUAAAAUAAAAUAUUUCAAAAUGACAAAUAAAGCAAACAAAACUUUUAUUUUACGUUGGUUAGUCUGCAUUUUCACUUAACAGAUAUCUGUAUAUCUCAUCAAUGGGCUAUAUCCUACUUGUGCGCCUUAACUAACACUAACUAACACGCAAAGACAAUAUUGCAGAAGCUUCUAUGUUGGUGUCAUUUCAGGUGAAAUUCUUAAAAAGAUAUUUUACGAAAGUAACGCCGAUUAUUUUUAUUGUAAACUAUAACUGCACAAAUUACGAUAGAACAAAAAUUAAC